GCCAAAGUGGGGGGAGAGAGAGAUCGCCAUCUUUAAUUCUGACAAACGGAACGUUCUUUCCGGUUCUCUGUAAGACUGCUCUUUACUUCUUCAAAAUGGCGAAACGUACAAAGAAGGUUGGAAUCACCGGUAAAUAUGGCACUCGUUAUGGUGCCUCUCUCAGAAAGAUGGUCAAAAAAAUGGAAAUCACGCAGCAUAGCAAAUACACCUGCACGUUUUGUGGCAAGGAUGCAAUGAAACGUAGUGUCGUUGGCAUCUGGUCGUGCAAACGCUGCAAGAGGACAGUUGCUGGUGGUGCUUGGGUGUAUUCCACAACAGCUGCUGCUUCAGUAAGAUCAGCAGUGCGUCGGUUACGUGAGGUGAAAGAACAGUAAAUAUAAUAUAAAUAAAUAUCUUUUCAACAAUC